AUGCUGCUCGAGUUCGCGCGGGACGGCUCCCUGUACGACAUGCUGCAGAGCGGCGGGCGGCUGCGGGAGCCGAAGGCAGCGCCCAUCUUCUCGGGGGUCGUCAGCGGCCUGGAGCACCUGCACUCCAAGGGUGUGAUACACAGGGAUGUGAAGCCGGAGAACAUCUUGAUAUGCAGAGGGCCGACCGGCGAGCCCGUGGCCAAGCUGGCGGACUUCGGCUGGUGCGCCGAGCUGGAGGCGAACGAGGCGCCGCGGCACACGUUCUGCGGCACGGUGGACUACCUGUCGCCAGAGGCCGCGCCGCCCCCCGCCUGGGACUUCAAGGUGGACAUCUGGGCUGCGGGCGUGCUUCUGUUUGAGAUGCUCACGGCGAAGCCGCCGUUUGUGGGAUUCAACCAGGCGUUGACAAUUGAGGCGAUCAGGAGCGCCGACUUCGAGUUUCCCGAGUACGUGUCGGCCUUGGCCAGGGACUUGGUGUCCAAGCUGCUCGUCAAGGAGCGGUGGAAGCGCCCCAGCCUCGUGGAGGUGGCCGAGCACCCGUGGAUGCACCAGCACGUGGUGCUGCCCCGCCUGCUGCAGGAGGACUGCCUGCGGGCGUGGCCCAGGGGGGCGCCGGCGUCGCCGUCUACCGCCAAGGCAUGCGACGCACAGGCUGCCGAGGCCACGCAGCUGGCCCCGGCGGCCUGCGGCGGCAGCAAGCUCUCGGCGCCCGUGGUCGCGUCCACCGGCGCCAGGCCCGUGGAGGCGUCCGCGCCGGCGGCGCCGUCGCCGCUCGGCGCACCGGCGGGCGCCGCGGCGGCGCCGGGCGCCACGUUCGAGGCGCUGCGGCGGCGGCUGGAGGCACGGGCGCUCCUGGCCAACGAGUCGCUGCGGGACCUGGAGGCCGAGGGGCAGCAGCUGGACCAUCAGAGGGCAAGGCUGGUGCAGGCGCAGACGCAGAAGGAGCAGAAGCUCCAGAACGUGCAGGAGCCACCGCGGGGGCGCUGCAGCUCGAGGGGGAGCUCCACACUCAAGAGCACCAAGUCCUGA